AUGGCGGGGGCGGUGCGGCGGGUUCUGCGGGGCGGGGGAGCCGCCCUCACCUGCCUCCAGCUCCUGCUGCUCCUCCCCAGCGCGGAGCUGAGACCCCACGGCUGGGACCAGGAGAGGUUCCAGCUGGAAGCCAUCAAAAAAGGGAUCCUGGAGCGGCUGGGAAUGCCGGCACCCCCCGUGAUCCGGCACCGGCUGGACCCGGAGAGCAUCCGGAGAGCGCGGCGGCUCUUCCAGCAGAGACUGUUGGAGCUGAACGGGAACCGGAGCCGGGAGGAGCCGGGAAACGUGUCCGGGACCAGGCGCCUGCACCGCCUGAGCCCCACGCUGCUGCGCCAGCCAGACAUCCCCUGGGGACAUCAAGACUCCCAAGGACACCAGGAUCCCCAAGGUCACCCAGACCCCCAAGGACAGCAGGACCCCCAGAGACCCCCAGGCCCCCGUGGUCCCUACCGGUACCACCUCCUCCUCUCCCGCACCGAGUCCUUCCACCAGCAGCUCCAGGUGGUGCAGGCGGAGCUGAAGCUCUUCCACCAACCCCUGACAUCCCCUGGCAUGUCCCUGCUCAACACCUCGGUGCUCCCCCGGGUCAGCAUCUACACUCUGGGGGGGCCUCACAGGACCCCCCAACUCCUGCAUAGCCAAGAGCUGGAAGCUGAUUCCCCAAGCCUGGACCUCACAGCAGCCAUCCAGCCCUGGGCCACCGGUCCUGAGGACACGCUGCGCCUGGAGCUGGCCUUCACCACUGAUGUCUCAGCCAUGUUGGCCACCUCGGGGGAUGAAAGACUGGUCCUGGAGGUAGAAACCUAUGAGAACACAGGAUGGGGAUCCAGGAGGGGUCGGGGGUCCAGGAAAGCCCGCGGGCUGGAUGAGGAAUGCGGGAAGAGCGACGGGAAGUGUUGCCUCAAGACACUCCAGGUCUCCUUCCAGGACAUUGGCUGGUCAGACUGGAUCAUCGCCCCCAACAGCUACUACAUGAGGUUCUGCCAAGGUUCCUGUCCACACAACUACAAGGCAGCCAGCAUGCACGCCCAGAUCCAGGCCCGUGUGCAUGCCCUGUCCAAAGCCACCCCCCCGCCCUGCUGCGUCCCCGCUGCCUAUGACCCCAUGGUGCUGAUGCACUACGAUGGUGAGGGCAGGUUGGUCUCCACCCUCUUUGAGGACAUGCUGGUCACCAGCUGCCACUGUGCCUGAUGCCAUCACCUGGAUGAGUCCCGCCACCACAGGUGGCACCAAGCCUGCUCCAUCCUCCACCAGCUCCAGCAUCUCAAAAUCCAGCCCUCAUGGCACAAAAUGCUUCCAGCUCCACCAUCCAGCUCAUCUCCAGAGCCUCCAGUUGUUUCCCCCACCCCUCCAAUCCAGAACCCACCAGAACUUUUUCCCCCUCCCUUUUUCCCCUUAUUUAAAUCCCUAUAUUAUUUGGUGGGUGGAUCUUUCCCACCCAAGAGAGCCCAGAUGGACUGGGGGAGUCUAUCCUGGGUGUCCCCAUCCUCUUUUCUCUUCUUGGAG